GAGCGCAACAGAGGCAGGCAGUCAACCGCGCGCAACGAGCCACCAGUGCAUCUGCUGUUGUUGCGCUCGUAGUCACACACUACAGGUUUUCCAUCUUUAACGUGAGCUUUAUAGAUUGACAUUUAAUGAGUAUGAAAUAACAAAACUGGUUAAAAAUACUCAGGGGGAAAAGGGGUGUUUUUCCUCCAGGUGCGAUUGUUCCUUUUUUCCUCCGUUUUUUCUACGGACGUUUCUUCCUUCAUAUCUGAUCGCCCAUCAGUGGAAUGAUCUGGCUUUUAUCUUGUGUCGUUUCCACUUCAGCAUGGGAACUGCCGGGUCCAAAAGGAAGACUUUAAGGACCGAUGCAAUAUCUUCUGUGGCCGCAAAAGUUAGAGCAGCCAGAGCUUUCGGAGAUUACCUGUCUCACACACACCCUGAGAACCGCAACGGAUCAGAUCAGCUUCUAUCUAAUACCUUCAUUGGCCAAGACAAAGACUCCCCUGACGUCAGUCAUCUUCACAACAACAACCUACACCCUCAGAGCCACUGUGGGGCCAAGGCCAGCCAGGACCAGCCCCAGGCCAACAGUCUUCAGUCCCAGCUCAGCACACUGCAUCCCCACCACAGCAGUCUCCAGCCCAGAACCCUGCAGCCAAGCAGUCUGCAGCCCACAGGCCCCUCCAAGCACAGGCUCUCAGCAGGGCUCUCAGCGGAGCGGAGUUUCUCCUCCGAGGAGCAGCAGCCACCUCCCAGGUCCUCUGAGGGGAGCCUGACCAGCCUGAAACCAGCUUCCCAGCGGGUCUACACCAUCACCAGGGAGGGAGGCAUGCUAGGGGGGCGAGGCAGCGAGGAGAAUCUGGAGCUGGAGGUGCUGAAGCAGCCUCUGUCCCCUCCUCCCUCCGCCAACCAGACCUCCUUUUCCAACCAACAACCACCAGGCAGCAAACAUCACCGCGGCAACAUUAGUCAUGGCCCACAGGGCCACAGGCCCAAGUCCCAGCCCCUGCAGAGCUCAGGGAGUGCCCAUAACAUCCGGGACUGGGUGGUGAGGAGGGGGGGCUCGCGGGAGGACUGCACCCCAGACUGUGUCACCUGCAUCAGGGCCCCAUGUCCGAGCCAGCGCUCCCUGGAUCUGGAGACGUCCCCGCGAGACGGAGGAAAACAGAGGAAGAAGCUAGAGAGGAUGUACAGCCAAGACCAAGGCAGAGACAGACGAGGCUCUGCUGAGGAGAGAGAGGACAACCCUAAUAGCUGGUUCCCCAAAGAGAACAUGUUCAGCUUCCAGACGGCUACCACAACAAUGCAGGCAAUAUCGGCAUUCCGGGGCAUUGCUGAGAGAAAGAGGAGGAAAAGGGAACAAGAGGCAACCGCUCCAGUAACCGAGACUGAGAGAAACUUCCGGAAGCACCUGAGAAUGGUGGGCAGCCGCAGAAUGAAGGCUCAGAGUGAGUUCCCCACAUAUGCUGACCGCCGAGCCAAGAGUUUCAACCGCUCCUGGAGUGACCCCAUCCCCAUGAAGCCUGACUCUCUCCAUGGCUCUAGAGACAGUGGGGACUUGCAGUCCUCCUCAGGGGCUCUAGAUGAAGGAUCACAGGAGGAUGCAGACUGGGAGGAGGAGAGAGAGAUGGAGAGAGCAGCCUGUGAGGGAGAGGACUUCAUCCCACCCAAAAUCAUGCUGAUAUCCUCCAAGGUCCCGAAGGCUGAAUAUGUUCCUAACAUCAUCCGUAGGGACGAUCCCUCCGUCAUCCCCAUCCUUUAUGAUCAUGAACAUGCCACAUUCGAUGACAUCAUUGAGGAGAUAGAGAAGAAGUUGACGGCCUAUAGGAAAGGCUGUAAGAUCUGGAACAUGCUCAUCUUCUGUCAGGGAGGUCCGGGGCAUCUCUAUCUGCUCAAGAACAAAGUGGCCACAUUUGCCAAAGUGGAGAAGGAGGAGGAUAUGAUCCAGUUUUGGAAGAAGUUGAGUCAGUUUAUGAGCAAGCUGAAUCCUGAGCCCAACCUCAUUCAUAUAAUGGGCUGCUAUGUUCUGGGGAGCGCCAAUGGAGAAAAGCUAAUCCACAAUCUAAAGAGGCUAAUGAGGCCUCAUGCCAUAGAAUUCAAAUCCCCGCUAGAGCUGUCUGCACAGGGCAAGGAGAUGAUCGAGAUGUACUUUGACUUCCGUCUAUUCCGCCUGUGGAAAACCCGCCAGCACUCCAAGAUGCUCGAAUAUGAUGACCUUUUGUGACACUGCUCACCUCUGACCUUUGUCAGCCUAUUGGCUGUGUAUCUCAUCACCGAUAGCCUAUGGUGACGGCUUUCCUUGAGAGGUCCUGGACGGGAGCGCUCUGUUGAAGAGGUGGACGACAGGCUUCAGGUAGUUUUGCUCACUGAGGAGGCUUCAAUCCUCUGCUCUCAGACAAAGUGCAGUAGCAAUUACUGUCAGGAGGUGAACUGUAUAUUUCCCCCCAUCCAUUUUCACUGUCUCAACCAAAUGCCUCUACUGACAGAGAACCGUGAGGGAGAGAAGGUAAAAGAGAGAAGUGGAGAGAUCAUCCUUUAGCCUCUGUGUCAAGAGACACAAAAUAGAGCUAGAUUUGGAUCUCGGGAGCCAAGCAAGUCUUCUUUAAAUUAGUCAUAGAGAGAGAUGCAGCUGCAGGGAAGAGAGAGGCUGUAAAAAGGGAGAAGAUAUGGUGAAAGAUUUUCUCCCUUACCUACAUGUCUGUUGUGUGAACUAGGAGGUAAAGCUUUUUUUCUUCAGAAAAGUACGUAGAUCUCCCUUAGGAUGGAAAUGUAUUUAUAUAGUGUGUUGGUUGUUUUCAGAGCUUUAGAGAAUAGAUUUCCAUUAUCUAUACAUCUACCACAAAUAGAAGAGAGAGUAUACCAAUAAUUCAAAGUAUCUAUACAUAACACAGUUUUUAUUUUUAACUACCUGUAUUGGUAUUUCUUACGGACUGUUUGAAUUGAAUAACUCAGGGUUACUGCUACCCCUCGUUUAUUACUUGGCAGCGGUUGUCACCUCACCGUCAUGACAGAAUAGGACGGAGAUGUCUGUCGGCUACUUCCGAUCCUCUCCACCCAUCCUCUAUGUCAACACAUAGAAUCUGAGAUUUUACAGUAGUUGUCAGGGAAACCAUUUAUGUCUGACUGUGCACAUGUUUGUGCGUGAACGAGGGAGGUUGUUUUAUAGAUACGAUUUUUCAUAGACUAGGUCAAUUGUAGCUUAAGGGCUCAAUUUAAUCCGUAUUGCGCUAUAGCGUGAUUUAAAUUUAAAGGCAAUGUUCCCGGGUUCGCAGAGACUGCAUUCACGGCACACGCUGCAUAUGUCAGCUCAAUCGGAAAUUACCUUUACUAUAGCGCUGAACUUCAGCGAUACGGAUUGAAUCGGGCCAUAAUACUCAUUACGCAUUCAUUAGUGACACUGAACUACAGACACAGGCUUUUCUUUCUUGUAGUUCACACCCAGGGACUGAUACCCUUAUGCUGUGACCCUUCUGUCUUACUCUGCAUUACAUUGUUAACUAAACAUAACUGUUAUCAUGAGGUUUAUGGAAAGUGGACAAGACCUAGCCUAGAUGACUUGUGUCACACUGAUUUUGGUAAAAGUUAUUAUCAUUAUAUGUACAGUAUACUUACUCAUAUUUAACUUGUAUUGCUGCUUCAUUUACUCUCUGUCCUGCAUGUGUUUUACUUCAUGCUUGUAUGAUGUAUUCCCGAGGCGCAAUAGCACAAACCAAAAUGACUGGAAUCAUAUCUACAGAUGUAGUAUCUUAAUUUGAUCACCCUGUUACAGGAAAUUAAAAACUUGUAGUGUAUUUGAGGUUUAAAAAGGCUUCCUAAAUCUGUAAUUUCCAUAUUGAAAACUUUAUUUAUUUAUUGAAGACUUUAUUUUCCCUUACAAAAAAAUGUAUCAACCCCUACAAAAAUGUCCAUUAAUUAUAAUCCACAUAAUAUUUCAAAUGUCCUGUUGCUCUAGGAUGUAUUUCCUGCUGUAGCAAACUGGUUUAAAGGAAUCCUACAUCGGUAAUACACUGCACCCUUCCUGUGAAAACACCAAUUUAGUUCUGAUCAGAUACAUAAAUUGGAUGGUGAUAACUACCUGAAAACUUUGGCUGUGUCCCAAAUGGCACCCUAUUCUGAUAUCAAACCAACCUCUCAGUAUUAUUGUCAUCCACUUCCUGUGUAUUGUGCUAUUGAGUCUUAACUAAUGGGCUUCCUGUCCAGCCUAUGAUACAAAUCAGCAGUGAUACAGUACAUGUCAUAUACACAUGCAGGGCAGUUCUGUGGAGCCUGUAAUGAUUACUUUCCAACCUUUGCUUGUGCUCAAGUGGCAGAAUAACACAAUUUAAGGAAGAUUUUCAAAUUUCCUCGUUAAACUGUUCCACCAGAGCAAAUAACCUAAUGUGUUUGCUGCUCCUCGUGUGUGUGUGUGUGUGUGUGUGUGUGUGUGUGUGUGUGUGUGUGUGUGUGUGUGUGUGUGUGUGUGUGUGUGUGUGUGUGUGUGUGUGCAUGCAUGCUAACGUGUGAGUGUGUGUUUCUCAGAAACAUAGCGGGUUGUGGCACUGAGCUGUGGAUCCGUGUGGACAUGCUGAAUACGGAGAGAGAGAAAAGAGAGAGGCCCUUUUCUUUAUAUUCCUUAACCACUUUUGCUUGUAUUCAUUAAUGAUGGUACAUAGUGUACACUUCUAAUAACUCUCUGUUCACCUUCCUAGAAUGAGGGAUGCACACCAUGUAUUUUACUCACUAGUGAAGUCGUUUUAACAUGGGGUAUUGUAUAUCUACUCACUUCUCUGUUUGAUGUGUACCUUUACAAAACUGUUCAUGUGUGUUGUGUGACACACCAAGGAUACAACCCCUAUAUCCUGUAGCAAUAGACGUUUUAAUAUUUCCUAUACUGUUAUUAGAAAAUGUGUUUUGCAUUGUUUUGGUCCCAACUGGACACUGUCCCUAAGGCACAGCAAUCUCCAACAUUACUCACUUUGAUAUUGAAGUAGAGAGAGAGUUACAGAGAGAGAGAGAGAGAGAGAGAGUGAGGCAGUGACAUAUACAGCGUAGCUUUACCUUACACACAUUUGAUAUGUGCGGUACAGUGCUAUAGUAGAUGAGCAUGUGUGUAUCUUGCUCAGCUGGCCUUCCCCUUCCUCCUCUCCUCAGAGUCUUCACUGGUACCUGUCUUUAAGGCAGACCCAGGGACAGAUUAGGUUUAAGAAUGACCAAUACAUUAAUUGUAACUGUAUCAAAAGACUUCCAAUGGGAAAUAUUUGAUGCCUCUGUUUUAACACAAAUAGGAUUGUAAUGGGAAAUGGAAAUACAGUUAAUUGAGUACAAUGAAUGAAUUGAGAACAGUGAAAUACAGUAAAUGAAAUCCCUUUUAAUGAAUCAUUGAUGUAUGGUUAUGCUUUAAGAUAUGGUUUAUAUAUAAUAUGUGGGAUGUGACCCAAAUGGUAUAUGGACUCCAGGAAAGCUAAGAAGAGUACUUUACUGUAUGAAGGCUAUCGCAAUCUCCUUUGUGAGUUGGCGCACUACAAGUGAUUUGUGAUGGUAGUUAAGAUGUCAGGCAUGGAUAGAUAUUAGAAUUUUACAGUUGCAACAAAAGAGACAUGAAUGAGAAGUUUUGUCUUUUUCGGAUGAGAGCUAGUGCCUGUGUCCCAAAUGGCAAACUAUUCCCUAUUUAGUGCACUACUUUUGACCAGUAGGGAAUGCAGUCAGUGUAAUGUAUUAUGCUGGAGCCAGACCAAGCAACGCGUGCACUGACUGCUCAUCGUGGUUUGACUUCUCAUCCUGGCCAAUGAAACAGCCAUUUCCAUUUCUCUAAGGAGAAAUAUAAUUACACAAAUCAAGACGUCCGUCUUCAACGCCUCACAAGUUCUAUUAAUACAAAAUGAAACCUUCUGUCAUCACCAAUAACAAAACAAGACAUAUCCAUGAACUUACAUCCUAUUUUUAAUUGAUGAGUUUAUCCCACAUUGAUUCUGCUGCCACUUUAUCCAGAGAGAUUAUAUGCAUCCCAAAUAGCACAACAUUCCCUAUAUUGUGCAUUACUUUUGACCAGUGCCCUAUGGGGAAAAGGGUGUGAUUUGGGACUCAGCCGUUGCUUGGUUCUCUGCUCUCUGCGCUCUGCUCUGUGUUGGGGAAGCUGAUUUGAGUUUUGAUGAUUGAUUGAUGGAGCUCUGAUUGCUCUGACGCCUCAUGUUGGGAAGUGAUUGUAUUUUGGGAUGAGGGGGACGCUCAACGAUCUCAUAUUGUCUGUCUUAUUUAACUUUCUACAAAGUCAUGUAGGGGCCGGUGCAUUGCAUUUUCAGUAGAUCUGUGUAGCAUCCUACAAUUCAAAGAGAGAUCUUAGCAGUGAUAACUAUUACUACUGUAAAUCUUUAGUCAGGUUGAAUCUCCAAAUGUCUUGAUAAAAGUAUUGUUUAAUAUGAUAAUUAUCAUAGUGACAAUGAUUGAUGUCUCUGGUGAUUUUGAUACUAGGAUACUAAAGGAAAUACACUGGGUAGUGUACUUUUAGCCGUACAGUGCAUUCGGAAAAUAUUCAGACCUCUUGACUUUUUCCACAUGUUGUACAGCUUUAUUCUAAU